CUUUUUUUUUUCUUUUUUUUGGAGAGGGGGGAGAGGCAGCUGGAUUUACAAACAAACCAACCAAAAAGGAAAGCCCCGAGUUGGGAUGAAGAAGCCUCUUUUGCAGUACUAGAGGGUGCUGUUGAGGAAGAGGCUGAGGAUCCAGACUCUGUUACUAAGCAUACUACACUAAGUGAGGAGAGCAGCAAGCAAGAAGAUAACCUUGUUGUGCAGCAGUCAGGGGAGGAAAAUGAAGUUCCAGAGAAGGAGCCUGAAAGCUUAAACAAUCUCAAGUUAUCGCCUAGUUUACCAAACAGUUUGGAAGGCACGGAUUUAUCCUCCGUUGACGCCAUGAUGUCAGCAGUCAUGAGUGUGGGGAAGAUUGCUGAAAAUGGUGGGAACUCUCAGAACAUCAAAUCACCAUCAAAGUCUCCUGCACCAAACCGGAUUGGCAGGAGGAACCAGGAAACAAAAGAAGAGAAGUCUUCCUAUACCUGUCCCCUGUGUGAAAAGAUUUGCACUACACAGCAUCAGCUAACUAUGCACAUUCGUCAGCAUAACACUGACACUGGAGGAGCAGACCAUUCCUGCAGCAUCUGUGGAAAGUCUCUGAGCUCAGCAAGCUCCCUUGAUCGCCACAUGCUUGUCCACUCAGGUGAAAGACCUUAUAAAUGUUCAGUAUGUGGACAGUCCUUUACCACCAAUGGAAACAUGCACAGACACAUGAAGAUUCAUGAGAAAGAUCCAAACGGUGCUGCGAGUACGACUCCCCCAUCUCCUCUGAAGCGCAGACGGCUGUCAUCUAAAAGGAAACUUAGUCAAGAGGCUGAGACAGACAGGGAGGAACGGACCCCUGCAAAAAAGGUUGUUGAGGAAGCUCAGUCCAGUGAAGUGGAGAAGAAGACUGAGGAAGAAGUUUAUCAUUGUCCAGUGUGUUUCAAAGAAUUUGUAUGCAAGUAUGGGCUGGAGACCCACAUGGAGACGCAUCCAGAUAACUCACUGAGGUGUGACAUUUGUUGCAUUACCUUUCGUACUCAUCGGGGUUUGCUGCGUCAUAACGCAGUUAUUCACAAGCAGCUUCCGAGAGACCUAUCCGGAAAGCCUUUUAUUCAGAACAAUCCUUCAAUUCCAGCAGGCUUCCAUGACUUGGGAUUCACAGACUUCUCCUGUAGGAAAUUCCCCCGCAUUUCUCAGGUCUGGUGUGAAACGAAUCUGCGAAGAUGCAUCAGUGAAUUUCAUCGAUAUAUUUGCGAGACUUGUAACAAGGCAUUCCCCAUGCUCCCAGCACUCAAGCUGCACAAAGAAACCCACAUAGCAGAUCAGGGAAAAGAAAAUCACAAGCCAGAGUUGAUGACCCCAGCUAGUGAGAACCCAGACCAGAAAGUCUUCAUGGAGUCCUUGGGCCUACAGUACACCAAAGACAUCAAGCCUGACAAGCAGGAGGAGGAUAUGCAAGAUGAGGUCCAAGAAAUGCGGCUCAGAACACUGAAGAGUAACCUACCUCAGGACCCUGGCAGCACAGGCCUGCUCAGCAUGUCUCCUUUGGAAACCGCUUCCAUGGGAAGUUCGUUUUCAGUCCUUCCACCUACAAAAGAGAACAUGAAGCUCCUGUCUCUGCAGCCUUUCCAGAAGGGCUUUAUCAUUCAGCCUGACAGCAGUAUUGUGGUAAAACCCAUUUCCAACGAAUCUGCUAUUGAACUGGCUGACAUUCAGCAGAUUUUGAAGAUGGCUUCUUCAGCUCCUCCUCAGAUAAGUCUUCCGCCACUUUCUAAGGCACCAUCUGCCCCUGGGCAGUCUAUUUUCAAGCAUAUGCCGCCACUGAAGCCAAAGCCCUUGGUAACUCCGCGAACAUGCACAGCAAGCCUCGUUGCAACCUCUACACCUCCUCCACUAAUCAGUGCACAGCAAGCCUCGCCAGGGUGCAUCAGUCCAAGCCUUCCCCCGCCACCUCUGAGGCUGAUCAAAAACUCUGUGGAGUCUGCUUCCAACUUUCACCUGACACAGUCUAAAUUGGGAACCAAAUCUAUUUCUUCUCAGUUGCUCCUCCAGUCCAAGGCAGAGUCUUUAAGUCAACAUGAGCUGAAAACACAGCUGGAACAAGACAGUAUCAUAGAAGCCCUUUUGCCUUUGAACAUGGAUGCCAAGGUCAAGCAAGAGGUAACUGAAGGGGACCUCAAGGCCAUCAUUGCAGGGACAGCAAACAAGAAGGCACCAACAAUGAGGAAAGUCUUGUAUCCGUGCCGCUUCUGUGACCAGGUGUUUGCCUUCUCAGGGGUGCUGAGGGCUCAUAUUCGGUCUCACUUGGGCAUCUCCCCUUACCAGUGCAACAUCUGUGAUUACAUCGCUGCUGAUAAGGCAGCGCUGAUUCGGCACCUGCGGACGCAUAGUGGGGAGAGACCUUACAUCUGUAAGAUCUGUCACUACCCCUUCACAGUGAAAGCCAAUUGUGAGAGGCACCUGCGCAAGAAGCACCUCAAGGUGACCAGGAAGGACAUAGAAAAGAACAUUGAGUACGUCACCAGCAAUGCGGCAGAAAUGGUGGAUGCUUUUUGUUCUCCGGACACUGUGUGCAAAUUCUGUGGUGAGGACCUGAAGCACUAUCGUGCUCUCCGCAUCCACAUGAGAACUCACAGUGGCUGCCAGAAGAAGAAGCCAUUUGAGUGCAAGGAGUGUGGCACAGCCUUCUCCGCCAAGCGAAACUGCAUCCACCACAUCCUCAAGCAACACUUGCACGUGCAAGAGAAGGAGAUCGAGAACUACAUCCUGGCUGUCGACUACAGCCCUCAGGAGAACCAGGCAGACCCUCCUUUACUGGAGGACAGCACUUACCUGGACUGCAAACCUAUCGCACCAUUCUUGGAACCACAAAAUGGCUUUUUGCUGGGAGCCCCAUCGCACGUUCCAGUCAAACUUGAGCCUGCAAGUACCUUCCCGAUGGAUUUCGAUGAGCCCUUAGACUUUUCUCAGAAGAACAAAAACUUGAGCGCAGUGCAGGUGAAGCAGGAGAACUUGUUCGGCACCUCCCCUUUGUCUCUCUAUGACUGUUCCAUGGAGCCCAUAGACCUGUCAAUUCCCAAAGCCGUAAAGAAAGAUAAAGAGGAUGUCCCCAGCGAAGCCAAGAAACAAGAGCAGGCUUCUUUUGGGAACAGCGACACACCCUAUAACUGUCAGCAGUGCCCUCCGGCUGUCAGUGCCAAUGGGAACGUAGAGAACAGAGCGCUCAAACAUUCCCAGCCACUGAAGGGUCCAUUGCAUUUGACUGUCCCAAUCAUUUCCCCAGCUCUUCUCGGCAACUCUGCCUUGCUGCGACCCUUGAGGCCUAAGCCGCCACCUCUUUUGCCAAAGCCUCCUGCAACUAAAGAGUUGCCGCCACUGGCUUCCAUUGCACAGAUCAUUUCUUCUGUGUCUUCUGCUCCUGCUUUGCUGAAAACGGAGGUUACAGACACCAGUCCCAAAGCAGCAAGCAGCUCUACUGGGUCUGAUAAAUCAGGGAACUCCAAACCAAAAGCGACAAUGAUGACGGGCAUCCAGAAAGACUCCAGCAUUCCUAGUGACCUUACGCAGAAAGCGUAUGAUCCAAAUAGUCUAGAGAAGUCUGAAAGUGCCGAUGCUGGCUUGGCUAAAAAAAGGGGUAGGAAGAAAGGAACAAAAAACAAGCCUAAAGUGAGUGGUGCUGUGGACUUAGAGUCAAGUGGGGAGUUUGCUAGCAUAGAGAAGAUGCUGGCUACCACAGACACUAAUAAAUUUAGCCCAUUUCUGCAGUCCACAGAUGAUUUCAAAGAAGUUGACAGAAAUGGAACAAGUGAAGAUGAGAAGGAAAUGGCGGAGGAGAAACUGCUGAGAGGAAAAAGGAAUGCUUAUUUGAAUUGCCUGCAAAAGAUCAUCUGUCCUCACUGUCCCCAGGUUUUUCCAUGGGCAAGUUCCCUGCAACGACACAUGCUCACUCACACAGACAACCAGUUGGACCUGGAGGCUUUAGCUGCAACAAAUGAGGUGCUGGACCUGACCUCCUGUGAGAGAGAUCGACCAGAGGAAGAAACAGAGCUACCAGAAAAUGAAUGCAGUCCCAAAGAGGAGCAAAAGUCUGACUCAUCCCCAGGAGAAGAGGGUGCACAAGAAAAAUCAGAUGAGUAUGAAGAGGGGCCGGAGGAAGACUCUGUAAGUAACAGAAGCCUUGAUCUCAAUUUUGCCAGCAAGCUGAUGGAUUUUAAGCUGGCAGAGAGUGACCAGAGUGCAGGCAGCAGCUCUCAGACUGAAAAGAAACAUGCCUGUGAUGUUUGUGGAAAAUCUUUCAAGUUUGCUGGCACUCUUGGCCGGCACAAAAAGGCUCAUACUCAUGAGGAUCGAAAAGAUGAAAAGAGCAGUGAGGAUGAAAGCAGAAGUGUUCAAGAUGAAGCCGGAGUUCCCCCAGGACUGGACUCCACUCUUGACCAGGAAGAGCCCCCGAUGGACUUAAAGGUGGUAGAAUCUCCAGUGGACUGUGAGGCACCAGCAAAGGAAAAUGAAGAGAGUGAAAGCGUCUCUGAGGGAGAGAGUGCAGGGAGAAAGUCCACUGAGAAGAGUGAUGAUGACAAAAAACCAAAGACCGAUGGGGCUAAGGGUACCACAAAAGCAGACAAAAGGAAGAAAGUCUGUACCGUGUGCAACAAGCGGUUUUGGUCUUUGCAAGACUUGACACGACACAUGAGGUCUCAUACAGGGGAGAGACCGUACAAGUGUCAGACCUGUGAACGGACCUUCACUCUGAAACACAGCCUGGUUCGUCACCAGCGCAUACACCAGAAGAUCAAGAAUGCCAGGAACCAUGGCAAGGAGAGUGACAAAGAAGAAAUCCAGUCUCGGUGUGAAGAAGACAGUGAGAAUGAGUCUAGCCACAGUGGCACUAACCCCAUCUCAGAAAAUGAGUGUGACUCCGUUGCAGGCCUUGGUAACUCUUCAUCUGUCACUAGAAGCCGAAAAGAAAGUCAGGCCAAUGCAGCGAAGGAGUCUCUUUGCAAAGAGGAGAGAAGCAGUGGACGAAUAACCAGCACUUGCCUUGCAGAGUCCAGCAAGAAUGCACAAAAACAGAUCCCGAAAGAUCAGGAAUCACGGGGGAACUCUGAUCAUGAGAGACCUUCGGGUUUCAUUCAGGACUUGCUGGAGAUGCACAAUAAAAAAUCUCCCAUGAAUCACAUUCUUGCCUCUGCAGACAGUGCACCUCAGCUUUUGGGAAUUGAAUGACUUGCUAUGAAAUUGGACCUAUCCCAGCACACAAACUAAAGCCAGCAGAGCAAGUUUUUUUGGAGUGGUUUGUAAGAGUGCCCUUCAGAUGUGGGAGAGUUAUGGCAGACUGGAGUCUGUGCCAUAUGCCUUUCAGUAUAAUAAUGCAAGAGACUACAGUAUAUACUGAUUUGAGUGCCUUACUACUUUAUUAGAUCUUUUGGUAUGAUAGAAUUUUUUCAAAAAUGAUUUUUUAAUAUUUUAAUGAAUUAUUUGGAGAGGACCCUUUUCAUUUAAGCAUUAAUAUUACCUUUUGUAUUGGUGUGUGUGAACUUGUUCCUGUAUAUCUGUGAGAGUCGCUGUGUUUUGUUCUCUGAGCUGGAAAUGGGGGCAGUGGGUAGGGAAGCCCUUGGAUACUGCAGCCAAUAACUGGAAGAAAAUUAUGUGAAUUUCAUACAAAUUAAUCAGAGGAAAUAUAGAUGAGACAUUGAGAUCUUCUUUUUUUUUCCUCAGUUGAUGUUCUUGCAUUUGCCACAUGGUGGAGCAUUAAUCCAGUUCCAGAUGUUAACGACAGGGCAGUUGAAGGUGUUCAAAGUGGUUCAAGCCAAAAGCAGGAAACAGUUUCAAUCUCAUACUUGUUUCCACUUUUCAGCAUUAGAAAUGGUAUUCUAGUAACUAGGGUUGGUUUUUUUUCCCCUGGCCAUUGUGGACUGAGUAUACAGAGAAGAGUUACAUAGCAACUUAACCUAUGGAAAUUACGCACCGGCUGUUAUAUAUGUUUGAUUUGCUUCGGUAUAUUAUUAUUAUUAUUAUUAUUUUAUUGUUAUUUUAUAAAUUCAUCAGUUUGCUCGUCUCUGCAGUCAGCAGAAACCAAUGGGCAAUAUUUGCCCACGGAGAUCUACAAUGCAGCUUGGAAGCCCCAUUUAAAUGUUUUUGACUCAAGUUUUCACCAGCUCCUCUCUCACGUUGCAGCUCUUUUACUGUACUUCAAAUGAAACCCUUCCUCUGACUGGAGAAUCCAAUGGAGGCCAGCAAGUUAUCAUCCAAAAUGUGCAGGGGAACAUCUCACUAGUGGUGGAUGGGUGGGUGUGUGUCUGUCCAUGUGUGUGCGCGUGUAUGAGAGUGAGAGAGAGAAAUGGAGAGAGAACGGAGGGAAGGAGAGCAUGCGGGGGAAGGGAGUUGUGAAAAAACCUUCCAAGUGCAUGAGAUAGGCACUGCAAAUACAAUAUGCAUUUUGUGGAGAUUGCAUCAGUGAUGACACUUGUUACUAAAGAGCAAAUUCAUUCAGUCUUCCAGUCAAAAGAAAGCAAGAAAGAAAUGCGAGCCGUACCGUGAUCUUGCUUGCCGUCAUGUUCUAAAGCAAGAAAAUACUACUGGUAAUAAAGCUACAAAUAUAUGUUAAAAAUUAAAUGAAAUAAAAUCAAUUACAUAAUUAAAAAACAAACAAACCUUUUCUUCCUGAGAUUUUGGGGUUGAUGCUUGAAGACUAAGGCAUGUGUCUAAAUUUCAUAUCAGUAAACUAACCCCCUUGAAAUGCUGAGCGUUGGAAUUUCUCCGCAGACCUCCAUGUUGCCAGCCACUGGUGAUACUCCAACCACCAGGAUUUAAGGGGUUACGCCAAAUGUCUCCUACUGUAGCUGUGCAUUUUUAGGGAUGCUCAGCGUUUUGUUGUUGUUCUUGUUGUUUUUAUUGCCUCUGGGACAGACAGAGCCAUAGUAUUGCCGGAGCAUCACUGUGCUGUUCCACCCCGUCAGCCUGUUCUCUCACACUGUGAUCCUCCCUUCCCCCUGCAAAACCGCUUUGUUCUACUUUCAUUAGACAAGGAAGGUGUGGGCCUCAAAUCCCUAUCAUAGCUAAUAUAUAUGUAUCUCUCUCUCCCUCUCUUUCUCUCUGACUUCCCCACAUUUCUAGAGACUGAAAUCCAACUGCCCAGAACUCAAAGGAAGAAAAAUGUUGUUGAAUAAUGUUCUUGCAAAUAGAAUAAGAAAAAAAUGGUUGAGGUAUAUGUGAUUUUAUUUUUUUUAACAACUAGGGAUGUUUGGACCAGUUUUGAAACAAAAUUACUCCAGAUAAAUAAAAUAUCAGAACCAAUGAUUCAUUUAAAACUCUACCCAGGUGCGUCCUAUUUAGUUAAAACCAGUUCACACAUCCCUUAAUUUUUAUUAUAUUAUAAUUAUUAUAAUAAUAAUUAUUAUUAUUUUGGGUAUUUUGGUUUUUUGUUGUUUGUUGGUUUUUUGGUUUUUUUUGGUUUGGUUUGUUUUUUUUGCAACUCUCCACACUAAACUGCGCAAUAUUGUGGGGGAGAAGCCAUUACUAAACUAUAUGCUGCAGAACAAUGUAGCAAGUAAUCAAUUCCCAGCAGCCUGCCGGGACAUCUGCUAGCAAUAAUCACUAUUGAUUUAAAGCUUUAUUUAGCCUUUAUCUAUAUCCUAGUAGAGUAUAAGGUCUUGCCACAUUUUAAUGACAUUUUUAUUAGUUGAGUUUGACUGAGAAUUUUUGUUGUUGUUGUUGUUGUUGUUUUUUUCCCCCCAAUAUUAAACUGUGAAAUUUAUAACAUGUUUAAACUAUGGGUGAAUCUUAUGCUUAGUUUGCAUGUUCAGCUAAUUUGUCUCUAUACAUUUUUUUUUGGUUUGGAUCUUUUUAUUUUCCUCUCUCAGGGCUUUUACAAAAAUGGAUCUUCUGAAAUUCUUGUCUGAGUUGCAGUGGACUUAACAUUGAGAAAGUUCAAUCACUACAUUAAGCACUUGACUGUGAAAGCGCAAAAAAAAAAUUUAAAAAAUCUAGGCUUGUGGCUAUUCUGAAGUAGCUUUUGGGGCUAUGGGACAGUCUGAUUCCAUUUUCAGAACGAUUCAUAAUUUUCUCUCUCCUUGUGUGUGUGUCUCUUUUCUCUACCCCUCUCUAUUCAAGAAGGAAGUUUAAUUCUAGUGAUUUCAGCCCACGCAGGAAACAAUAAUAAAUGUGUAGAAUUCAUAUUUUUCUAAAGGGAACUUAAACUGCUGCUACAAGUUGUGUACAAGACUGGUUUAUGCCACAUGAACAGAGAAUCACACAUUUGUUUUUGGUACUUUUAUUCCUCUUUUUAUUCAGUUGUACAGUACUUCCAAAUUCAAAAUAAAAGUAAAGCUGUUCUGUAUCAAACCAUCUAAGCAAUAAAAUGUUAUAUUUAAAAAUUAUAGGUUGCAAAAUGGACAUGGCUCUUCUUGUGCGUUUCUUGUAACUUGCUUUGAAACCAUAGAUUGAGGGAUAAUGCACAAAGCAGCUUGACAUGGUCAGAGGGUUGUACUGUUUCUGUUGGCCUGAGCUUGAAUUAGUGGGCCAAAAAAUUGUGAAAACUUUGUUCUCUUUGUGAGCAGACUAACUAGAGUCUUAGGAAGCAGCGGAUUUGGGGUUUGAAAUUUCAACUACAAAAUGGGAGAAAUGUAAGCGAAGGUCUUUACCAGCUUUAGUUUGAAGUUCUCUGUCCAUUUUAAGCAGCAAACUCAUGGUCACACAAGAAAUGGCCUUCUCAAGGUAUUGUGCUGUAUGAAGAAUUAUUGAUAGCUUUCUUUAAGUGGAUUAGGUGUGCUCUGGCAGUUGCAAUCAUGGCUGAGUUGUCCAGCAGGGAAUUUUGUGUAGCUGUGAAAUGUUCUGGAUGAAAUCAACAGCUAUUGGCAAAUGCCUAGGUGCAUAGUACUGUAUUUAAGCUUGUCAGUUUAACAUAGUCUUGCAAUUUGCAUUUUAUUUGCUUCCUUGAAGAAUGUCUCCCACAGAACAGUGACAGGCAGACAGCCGUGUGGGCUGAGCAUUGGCUUCUCAAUGGCAGGAACUGUGAGGAGUUGGGGAAUCUUCCUUUCAGCUCUUCUCCCUGGAGGUGACUAUACCUCUCUACGAGAACGGUGAACCAAAUUAAGAGAUGAGGCUCAAGGGAGUCUGAGCUGCUUCAUUGCACACAAUCUUUCAGUCUUUCACAUGCAUAUAUUAUAGACUCUAGCACGUCAUUUAUAUUUCCUUAUGUUACAUUUUGAAUUUGGCCUAGUGACUGCCGUGUCCCUCAGCCAGACAUUUCCUUGUUCCAGCUGUGCAGCAACCAAACAGUACCUACUGUUGGAUCAACAGAGCUGCCUACGAAUACCAACUUACUUUAUUCCUGCUCACCACCAGAUUGCUGCUAUUGCAGUUGUUUCCCAAAGACCAUAGGCGAAGUUAGCAACAGGUUGGGAGAAGAGUAGGGUUUAUUGGUGUAACCUUCACUUGCCAAAGUUGCCACUUCACUGCUCUGCUCCCUGAGGUGCAUGCUUUAAAUGUUGAAUGAAGCCUUGUGUAGACUAGUUUGCCUCUGCUGACAUAAUAUGUUUAAUCAAAACUCCUACAGAGCCCCCAUUUCCAGAAUAGACCAGCAGGACCCCUUAGUCAUGGAGGACCAAGUGUUUUUGUGCAUCAAGUUUGCAGAGGACAAUCUCCACAUCCACAGAACAGGAAGCUGUACAGAGGGUUAGGAAGGAACAAGCAGCACCCUCUUCUGGUGUUAUAGCCCUAAGUCCAGAGUGUAUCAAGGGGAGCUGUACUUCAAGAUACAGGAGUGUCCAUCACAGAAUGAAAAAGAAUUGAGUGUCUUUUGGCAGUCUGAUAAUAAAAUGAGCACUCACUCUAGAAAUCCUGUGAGGAUAAAGGGAUGAAAGUGUUUGUCACUAUCUGCUUAGUCACAUAAUAGCUGAUUUGAAGUUGUGUGCGUGGGUGGUACAGGGAGAGCAGUAUGGUUGUGCAGAGGGUAAUGGUGAGGAAAAAAAUGCUAGACCACUGACAGUACCAUACAUCUAAAACCAGAGGCCUUUUACGCUGAGGAGAGAGGGUGAGAAACUAGAUGGUCUCCUUAUAUUAGGAGACGUUUUCUCAGUGGAAGCAUAAAUGAUGUAAGCGUGUUUUGAAGAGCAGGAGGUUGGGAAGGAAAGGCAAUAGGAACAAAGUUGGGGGGGAUGCCAUCCCCACUCAGGGUAGUUUUACUGCUCUAAUUAUAUAUUUUUUGGUCAUUAUGGUAAUAGGUUAUGUCAUUACCUGUGUAGCUGAUGGUCUACAGGAUAGUGCCUCUCAAUAACAUCUCUUCUAAUCUUGCAUUCUUACCUGGCAUAGCUGGAAGGGAGUGAGGAGGGGGAAAGUGAAAAAGGUUAAGGACAUUGCAUCCACUUAGAACUGAAGGAGCAAUUGGAAUUACAUAUAUAGCAAAUGUAUAAAUUAUUUAAUAAUGUAUUUCAUAAUAACAGGUGGCUGCAGACAGUGUAGCUCUUCCCCUUUUUUUUCUCUGACCCCUCUCCCUCUGCUCUUUCUGGUUUAGCUCAAGGAAAGGUUCCUAUGUGUUUGAGUCUGUGGCUUUCUCUUUCUGGGAAAAGGUAGAGGUGGGGGAAAACGUGCUUUGUCUCUGCAGUCCUCCAAGGGUGGUAUCUGCAAACGACCCUGCUCCACAGACAAGUUCACAUGAAAUGGAGUGAUGUUUAUCAUCAGUAGUGUGCCAGACCUGGUAUUAUUCUUGGCUGUCUGGUAACUCAUCUUAUACCCUGUUAUCCUCUACCUGCAUUGUUGUCCAGUGUGCUUCUUCCCAUGACUGGCCCACAACUAUUGUGAUAGACCAUUGUUCAGUUUGAGCAUUCUCCUGGAGGAGCCAAAUUGUGCAAUUGCUUACAUCAGAUGGAGGUGUAUUGAGAUUUUGCCAUUAGGUAACAAAGUCCUACCAUGGUGCCCUCCAGAGCACCUACAAGGAGCCUGUGUGCAAAAAAACCUCCCACUUCAGAGAAUGAAUUUUGCUGUCGCAAUCAAAUCCUAAAGCCCUGGACUCUGGAAAUUUUGCGGGAGCACGGGGAACCUGAGAGUAGCAAGUUCAGAAAGGGUGGAAGAAGAGGAAUCUUGCCGAGCAAUACGCAUUUUGUACCCAUAGUGGAGAAGAAAAUAACUGAAGAAAAUAAUCCCUCCAGUAUUCUGAGUCCCUCCGACUCCAUCUCCCAGACUGCUACAGGAAGUUGAUGUGAGGAGCCAGAAAGAAGAGUAAGCCAAAGUGUGUGGCUUAGUGAGAUGGUUGCCUGCCUGACCUCCUCACUCCAGAUUUUUCAUGUUCUGUACAAAGAACUGCUGCUUGAUGCACGGGGAAGCUGUGUAUUGUGAAAGGGAAGAACAUGCCAUGAAGGGAGCUGUGCUGCAGAUAAUCUGAACCUCUCCAGUGCCUUUUACCAGAGGUUUGCAAAGCAGUUGACCAAAAUUAAGAGACUCCAUAAACAGAACUCAAACAGCCUAAAUUAAAAGGAGAAUUGUGUCCUCCUUAUGGAAGUACUCAGGCCUUACCUAAGCUUACAUGUGAAAGCUAAAGCAUUAAGUGCAGAAUGUCAGGGGCUCAUUUGGGGCAGUAAUUUUAAGUCCUAGACAGAAUAUGGAACCUGGCCACAUUGUGGGUGAAGCUGUGGCAAGGCUGGUACAGAGCAUCAGCCUGAACCCUGGGACACUGAUACACCAGCUGAGUAGCUGACCAAGGUUUUGCUGCUGGCUGUGUCUGUCAGCAGCAAGUACACAGAGAAGAAAUGUGUAAAUAUAUUUAUCACUUGUAACCUCUCCUUUGAAUCUAGGGAUUGGCUAAAGAACAGGUU